AUGGGGGAACUUGAAGCGGUACUGCAGCGGACCUGGUGCUUCUACCAGAACCACUCUCCCGCUCUAUCACUCUGCCUAUCAUCCACCUGUUUGGCGAGGGACAAAGACGCCACGUUUGCCGACGUGCUGCAAGGGGUCGAAGAGUGUCACAAAGCGACCUGCGGCUGUCAGCGAUAUCCUGACGACGUCUGGGUCGUGAAUCGGGAUGUCCGGGAAAGCGCUGGGGCGCAUAUCGGCUCCCCGUCGCUUUUUACUGAUUACCAGUUCAAGCUUUCGCAUCCAGUCAUCCCGGUCGUUUCUGCCUUUGGACCCAGACAGCACCUUAGCAUCGUAUUCUCGUGGAAAUCGCUUCAGAAUUCCUUUGCCGGUGACGCUGGAUUUUCGGAAUCAAGUGCCAGCAGAGAAGAGGCGCUUCUCACUCCUUCCACGUCAUCUGCCUCUGAGCGGUUAUCGCCAUGGCAAUCUCGGUCUAUUACUGCAUCCCGCAUAGGCAUAGCAAACUCUGAACUCCCGCUGAGUGCUCUUGUCCAGUAUCACUCUGCCUUCAAUAUUACCCAUCACGUUCCCUCUUUGUGCCGAGCCCAGCUUUUGAGUAUCAUUCGUCGACCUCCACAAUUUGGUCGUUCGGUGUUCCUCUCGACCGUCUCCGAUUCUCUGGAUGUUGUAUCGUCUUACCCACGCAAAGAGCCUUGGCCGAAUCAUGUAGCGCGCAGCAGACCUCUAUUCAAUUUCAACUCGGGGGUAAUCCUGUAUCUCGAUAUGGGACAUCUGAAGUCCGGGUCGUACGAGGAUCUGGAAGCGCAGACAGUCAGCCUCGUACGCAGCGCGGCUGCUCAUUUUCUGGACGAGUACCAGGGCUAUAUCAAUCUCACAGAGGAAGAGCGAACGGAAGUGCUGUCCGAGAACCACCUGUUCAGCGUACUGCAAUCCACGAUGCGUCUGGUCAUUCGUGCUCAUCCCGAAGCCUUCACGUACAUCUGCAUCGACAACUACACGGCGCCUUACGAGCGAGCGCCCCGAUCCGACGAUUGGCCACAGAUUACCAAAAUUCUCAACAGAUCACUCUUUCGCGAACUCAGGGCCUUGAUUGCUUCUGGUCUCAUUGACAGUGGUAUCCUUGUCGGAUCCUCCGAGAUGGAUGGUGACCCCAUGGCAUUGCUCACCUACAAGAAAGAAGUUGACGAAUGGGGGAACGACUUCUUCAAUCCAGGGGUUGCUCCGACGCCCAUUCCUUUCGUCGGGGAGCUGACGGACUACGCGGCGGAUCGGACGCAUGAUCCCGACUUGCAGACGGCUAUUGGCUUAACGCAGGAGAGGAUCAUGGCUCUUGGGCGCGCUGUUUUGGGCGACGAAGCUCGGGCCAUCGCGCUUUGGGAGCGCGUAUCCAACGAAGUCCCCUCGCGAACCUUCACGGAGAGCCCGAACGCGGAACAUAUGUGGGCGACGGGAAUGGUGCUGGGGAUCCUGCGCAACAUGGACGGGCCGCGAGCAACGAAGGAGUCGCACUCGGAGAAGACAGAUGGUUUUGUCGCCUCGUAG